AUGAAAUUUGAUUUUCUUGAUGAAGAUGUUUUGUUUCUUAAUGAAUAUUACAACCAACCAGACCCAGAUGAAGGCCCAGAACCAGGAUCACGAUGGACGCUCGUGUUGGACGGUGCUUCAAAUUCUUUAGGAAACGGUGUGAGAGUUGUCAUUACUUCUCCCACGGGUUUUCACAUUCCUUUCACUACCAAAAUCUAUUUUGAUUGCACCAACAACAUGGCCAAAUAUGAAGCCUGCAUCUAUGGGAUUGAAGCUGCCAUUGAUUUAAGGAUCAAUCAUAUUGAGGUAUUUGGGGAUUCUGCCUUGGUCAUUAGCCAAGUUAAUGGAGAUUGGGAGACUCGUCAUCCGAAUUUAAUUCCAUACCAAGAACAUGUGAUGAAAUUAAUUCCAUACUUUGAAGAGAUCACAUUCAACCAUAUCCCAAGGGAAGAGAAUCAUUUAGCAGACGCGCUAGCUAUUCUAGCGUCAAUGUUCAAAGUCAAAUGGGAAAAUGAAGCCCAUUCGAUCAGCAUUAUGAGAUUGGAUGAGCCAACUUUUUGCUAUAAUAGUGACGAAGUUCAGGAUGAUAAGCCUUGGUUCUAUGACAUCAAGAGAUUCCUGGAGAAAUAA